CUGUCAGCGACACAUGUAGAACAAGCAGCUAACGGGACCCGGAGACCAGACCAGAGGACAGUCAGUUAUAGCCUCUCUGCCAGCCUCGUUAUUUCUUUUUCCGUCCUUUCGCCAAAAGCACGCACUUCUUAUUUUCGAGGACGUUGCGGCACACGUAGACCUGUAAUUACGUCUCGCAAUGGACUUCUUUUGUUCCAGCGAAAAGAAAGAGCUCUAAAGCGGCAGCAACAGUGAGACGGGAACCAUCCAGUGGAAAUACUAUCUGAUAACUCCAUUUGCUCGGCGCUCCGCUUGUUGCCAGUGAACACACGAGCACGAGUCCUCGCUGAGGUUCGCAGUCGCGCGGAGCUGGAGGCCGACCGCCGCGCGAUAUAGUGUGUCCGCUUUUUUACCUGUACUUUUUUUUUUUUUGAGGAGGGGGUGGGGGGGGACUGUUGUUCUCGCCUACCUGUUCACCUACUUUACCCUUCAAGUCCUUAACUUUACAGCCAUUACACUUAAAAGAGACAAACGAGGGACAAUGGUGAAUCCCGGAGGCAACAGCCAGCCACCACCGGUGGGCACAGGGUCUCUGUCCUGGAAGCGGUGUGCGGGGUGUGGGGGCAAAAUCGCAGACCGCUUCCUCCUUUACACCAUGGACAGUUACUGGCACAGCCGAUGCCUCAAGUGCUCCUGCUGUCAGGCCCAGCUGGGCGAAAUCGGCACGUCGUGCUACACAAAAAGUGGCAUGAUCCUCUGUAGAAACGACUAUAUCAGAUUAUUUGGAAACAGUGGAGCUUGCAGCGCUUGUGGCCAGUCCAUUCCAGCCAGUGAACUGGUGAUGAGGGCACAGGGCAACGUGUACCAUCUCAAGUGUUUCACAUGUUCCACCUGCCGGAACCGGCUCGUCCCCGGAGACCGGUUCCACUACAUCAACGGCAGCCUGUUCUGUGAACACGACAGACCCACAGCGCUCAUCAACGGCCAUUUGAGUUCACUGCAGACGAACCCACUACUGCCCGACCAGAAGGUGUGUUAAGCGGGAGCUGUGCAGGAAGCAGGAUGUGUGCCUUCAUUUUAGCCCUUACUCAUUGUCACCCGAGACAGCGUGGAUCAGCAACACCCCAGCCUUUUAGCUGUGCUCCCAGGCCCUUUGCCCUAAAGGAAUCCUCUACCCAUCUUACCAGUAACCUGACUUUUAUUUCUGCAACCCAUACCCAACGCUCAGCCUUCAACCUUGGCUUUUCCCCAAAUAUGGGUGGAUACUUGCACUUAACCGCACCUGAAUCAGGACGCUGAGGACUCCGUGACCUUGGAAUUAAAAAAAGACCAGAGACCGUUCAGAAUCCAAGGGGACUCUUCAGGAAGAGAAAAUUAAAUAACACACAAGAGGAUGUUGUGACUGAAGUGAGGGAACGAGAAAAAGACUAAUGAGGUUAAAGAGAUGCAGGCUUUUCAACUCUGCAUAUUUGUUUAAAGACAUUUUGGGGAAAACCGGGACCUUUUCAUUUUUCCUCUCUCUCUUUUCUAUCCUUAUUUCCCAACAACAUGGUGUUUCCACUUUCUAUAUUUUAAAUGUUGUCAACGGGGAAUGUGUUUUUUCUUUUGUUUUUUUUUCUUUGGUGGUAUAUAUAUAUAAAAAGAUGGGAUUUUAAAAAAAAUCUGUGGCUCUUUGUGGAAAACAAAUCAUGAACACUCGGUGUAUUUGUAAAACUACCAUGUAUGUACAGUAUGCAUGUAAAUGUCGUUGUCCAGGCGUGGCUACAGUACAUUCAACCUCUCCGCACUCAGCUCCAGUCCCCCCCCCCCCCCCCCCCCGAAAAACCUGAACCCAUGGCAAACAAGAAAUUUGCUCAUAGUCGGUAAUGUAGAAAUCAUCAUCAACAUAUAAAUGCUGAAUGAAAGAGAAAUUUAUUUGUGAUAUUUUCCGAGACAUUUGCUCCAGUAUGGUGUAUUUAAUUAAUAAAAAUAUUGAAGAUUUGAAA